GCCCUUUUUCGUACUAGGUCAUCCUCUUUCCUGAUAUCUCAGUUCACCGUUAUCGUCUUCGCCGUCCAUCUCAGCAUUUCUAUCAUCUCCAAACUUUGAUCCCGAGAUGGCUUCCGGCAACAAAACGACGCUUCUCUUUUACCCAUCCACGACCAACGUGAGCGCAAAGAUCCAACCGGUGGUGCUCUUUAACAUAUGCGACUCCUUUGUUCGGCGCCCGGAUCAGGCUGAGAGGGUCAUCGGAACACUACUCGGCUCAGUCUCCGCCGACGGUAUCGUCGAGAUUAAGAACUCCUACGCCGUCCCCCAUAACGAAUCCGCCGAUCAGGUUGCAUUGGAUAUUGAUUACCAUCAUACCAUGUAUUUAUCCCACCAAAAAGUGAACCAAAAAGAAGUCAUCGUUGGAUGGUAUUCAACUGGUUCUGGUGUAUCUGGUGGGAGUCAAUUGAUACACGAGUUCUAUUCAAGGGAAGUGUCAAACCCUGUUCAUUUAACCGUAGAUACAGGAUUUACGAAUGGGGAGGCCUCCUUAAAAUGUUAUGUUUCUUUCAAUCUUUCUCUUGGAGAUCGACAACUGGCAGCACAAUUUCAGGAAAUCCCUCUGGAUCUGCGAAUGAUUGAAGCAGAACGAGUUGGAUUUGAUAUUUUGAAGACGACAAUAGUGGACAAACUUCCAAAUGACUUGGAGGGAAUGGAAGCCACUAUGAAGAGACUCCUUGCUUUGAUUGAUGAUGUUUACAACUAUGUAGAUGGUGUCGUUGAGGGGCGCUUGAUUCCAGAUAAUAAUAUCGGGAGAUUCAUUUCCAAUACAUUAUCAUCACUUCCAAAAAUCUCUCCUGCAACUUUUGAUAAAGUCUUCAAUGACAGAAUCCAGGAUAAUUACGCUUUAGUUUACUUGUCAAGCCUAGCAAGAACACAGCUCAGCAUUGCAGAAAAGUUGAACACAGCUGCCCAGGUCCUUUGAUUUGUAGCAUGUAGGACUUCUUGCAUUUGAAAUUGCUAUAUAAUCUGCAGUUUUCAGCUAUCCUUUCUUUCAACUAAAUUAAUCUUAAAUUAGCUAGUUUUUGUUAGGGUUUCAAAUUUGUUCCUUGGUGGAAAUAUCUUGUAAUUGUUUUGACAUUAAUCAAGAAGGAAUCUUUUUUGCUUUUGCUUC